UUUGAAGUAAAUAUAUGGCAUGUUACAUUUCCAUGAAGUAAGACAGUGUAUAGAAUUAAUUCAGGUCACAGAAAUAAUCAUUCUUGGUGUUUAUUUCACUCCAGUAGUUGGCUUACAUCUCAGCUGUGUCAUUAUGGUCACGUGGUCAUCUCUGGCGAUCAUCAUUGACAUGAUACAAGGGUAGUGUAUAUGUAUACGUUUUAUUCCAAAGAUGAAUGUGUCCACCCUGAAGACAACUGGAAACUCGGGGGGAUGAGGUCAAAUCAUGACGACGGUGAUCUUCAGGUUGGAGAUCUAGAAAGAUGCCAGAGUUUCCGACUUGGAAUUCCGAUUGUUCCCAGUGUGGAGCUCGUUAUGUUCAAGUUCCCAUUGGUCUUGAACGGGCUGAAGUCUGAGAUUUUCGCCUUCAGAGUUGUUUUGAACGCGGCAUAUGUCCGAAGACACAAGGCAAGAUGGUAUACUAUAUAAUAAAUGUAGCCUAUUGUCGGGUGCUUUGUUUAAUUCUUUCGCCUAUGACGUAAUCUGGUCUAGAAAUACGUCACUUGAAUUUGAGCGUGACAGGAUUUCUUGGGUCAGUUCUUCAUCAAGGAGUCAGUCAGUUUCAGGCCUAACUACCAUCAGCUAGGAAAGGACACCCGCUCAGACUUCGUGAGGUCAAGUCUGUCACAGAUGCUAAUGUAGACUAAUCCACGAGGUACAUGUAUGUUGAUUGUAGACCACUGCGACUUGUCUAGCAGAUGACCCGUCAAUGCGUUGCCAGCCUCGGCUCCAGGCUUCACUCAGGAGACGGAAGCCUGUGGCUGAGGCUAGGAAAAGGAAAUGCUGCCGUAGGUUUCUAUGUAAUGUUAAACGGACACGGAAAUGUUUCUCUGCCCCUUCAGUAAGGAAUUUGAACCUACGCCUGAGUUUUCUAGAUGUUUUAUAAACGAGUUGCUAACAGGGCACUGAGGAUUUAACACCCAUAAGGAUGUCAAAGAAAAAUAAUGCUUAUUAGUUUACGUGGUGGUGGGACUAGGCUGCAGGGUGGUUUGGGGUUAAACGCCCCCUCCUGUAAUUCUCUCAUAAACCACUAUAUGUCACCAACAUGUAUUUCAUCACUUUCACUGGAUGCCACUAGUCUUGUUCAACUAAAAUUGUCAUCUGUCUCAUCUCAACUUUGUAAGUCACACCGACAUAACGGUUUUGAGGUACAUUUAUUUUUUAUUUUGUUAUUUACAAGUUAUAUAGCUAAACGAAUUAACAAAGUUAGAGCAGUUGCUAGGCCCUACAUCCAUUUCCGGACUUAUUAAUAUGUACCCAUUUGAUUCUUGAAAAAAAACGUUUAAAUGCCUCAUGAGCUUAGUUCAAUUGUCAUAUCCCAUUAGACUCCAAAAUAUAAGCUUGUUUAACUCCAAUGUGUGUAAACAAAGUAAAUGUAAAAAAACACUAUAUACCCUCAAAACAUGGUUCCAACUAUAAUUGUGAUAUAAUGGACGGUCAGUCCUUGCAUCCAUAUCUCUGUCUAUGAAUUUGAGAGCGGUUACAUGUCUCCAGCCCCAUCCCUCAGCUUUUUUUUGCUAAACAACUGCUGAUUUCCCCUUUAAAACCUGAAAACACAUUCAUUUAAUUGAGUUGUGGGAAUAAGAUAUAUGUUUAUCUUCAGACAACUUCAUCCUAAAAAUGUCUGACUACAUUGUGAAGAUCGAGGGAACUGGUCCCGAGGAGUCCGAGGCAUCCCCUGAGAAGUCCAGGGACCCGUCACCUGAGCCUGCUGUCCUGCCCAUGACAGAUGUGUCCUUCCCUGGAGCAAUGGAACACACGAAUGAGAUGCUUAGCUCUUUGGAUCAAGUGAUGGACAGUCAAACACAAGAAAAUGGUGAACAAGUGGAAGCAACUGAAAGUCAGAGAAAGAGACUAAAGGGAAACCUAGGUUCGUCCUCUGUUGGGUGUUCACUUGGAUGUAUUCCAAGCUUUGACUCAGUGUCACUUACAUCUACAGUCAACACGGAUAACAACUCAGGGGAGAGCCUAGAGCAGCUGCAGUACCAAGGGGCCCUGAGGGUGGAUACAUGUGAUGAGGUGGAGGUCAAGGUGCUAGAUAUCGACUUAUCUUCAUUCACCCUGAACCGGAUUUCCUUCUCCAGUAUUCUUCAGGAGAACGACAGAGUGCUGGACAAGGACACUAUGGAUUGUCGCUCUCUGUCAAGAACAGUUCCCUUUGAAAGCAGCCCAAUUCCGGAGAGGAGUGGAAGCUUGAAGACGUAUUGCAGUAGUGUACGGUCGCCCACCCCGUACCAGUCAAGAUUAUCCCUUACCUCCACUGAGGCACAUGAUCAGGUUGCACACAGCUCAGGCACACAAGUGAGCCUCCAAAUCCCGAUGGACCCUCUGGAGGAGCUUUUUGGUAUCACUCAGGAUAUGAUAUACACAGACGUCCAUGAAAGAGUGAUUGAAGUGUUGCAGGACAUCUACUCGGCAGCUAACCAGCUAGAGCAACAGCUAUUCCAGAGUGUCUCUGACAGGCAAGCUAGAGCCAUUGUAAAGGCGGUAGUGCAGCAGAUCAAUGCCGCCCUCUCCAGGGCUCUCCAACAAACCUGCUCGGGAUCACAAUUACUUACUAUAGUGGGAUCUGCCAAGCUCUAUAGCAAAGAUGGGUUGGCAGCGGUGGAGGGCCAAGGAGUUCCUUUGAUCACCUCGUCAGCAGAGGGAGACAGGGAUGGCAACAAGGAAGGAAGUAGACCGUUGAAACGUUGUUUUAACAGCUUUGUUCGUGUUUUGUCAGCAAAAAUGAGGAGUAUCUCCAAGGGGAUCAAACAGAGCAGCGAGAGUGCACAACAAGAGCACAGGCUAGUUGUUGAGCUGCCAGCAUCAUCUGACGAGGGUACAGAGCAAGAGGCAGCAGAGAAAGCUGGAUCUAGUACAGUUUCUGAACCCGCUAGGGAGGAGAUCACAGAGGUCAGUGAAGUUCUUCAGUCGGAAUCUGAUGAUUCUCUACUUCCCUCCAUCGGGGGAAUGCUCUUCCACGUUGGAUCCAUGCCUCAUACAGAGGAUUCAGUGGAACUAUACGGCAAGGUCCCAUCAAAGUUAACACCAGAAAGUAUGGUGCAGGAAGAACGUGUUGAUGAAGGCUUGUCUAAGGUUUGUUCCAGGACAACUUCUUCAACCAGCACCACUUUCAGCAUGGACAAUGUCCAGAAGACUGUUGCUACUUUGACCACUUCUGGAAGUGACAGGGGUAGAAGCAUUAUCACUACCCCAGAAACGCCAGAGCAGAGUCUGCACCACCAGGGAGGUGGACUGGACACCCCUGUCUCCUCAGAGACAAGAGUGGCUGAAAGUGGCAGAAAGAGCCCUGCAACUUGGUCAGACGCAGAGGGAUUAAGUUAUGCAAAAAAGGCUGUGUCGGAGUUAAUGGAGAGGAUGGUGCUCAGCCGUGAGGAUGCAGCGUCAGCAGAGAAGAGCCUGGACAUCCUCCUCUCCUCUGAUAUUCUUCGUCCUCACACUGACAAGUUAGUCGACCAGCUGCGAAAACUUUUGAUGGUGAACAGCACACUUACAGCACAAUCUGUGUCUGGCAGGUCAAAAUCAGAAUCUGCUCUGCCGAAGUCCAGCAUGACAGGGGAACUCCAAAGGGAGAUCUCAAGGAACGGUUUGCUGGAGAUAGCAUAUACUAUCACCGAGAGAUCUAUAAAGACCCUUUUGGAGCAGCUGCUCACUGCCCUCCUCCCUCCAUCUGUAGUGGUUGAGGUUGCCAGGUCAUGUCAGAACAUCCGACCAGUCACUCCCUCUCAGGUGAUGAGUUCUGAAGUUAGCCCAGGGUGCUGCAACCCUCUGUCAAUGAUUUGCCGUGUGAUCAUAGAUGUCUUUACGAUCACAAGACAGGUGGUUGAGACAGCCAGUGAAAUGGAUAUGUCUCCCCCCGGAGAGAACAUUGAUGGAAGGCUUUGUAGCAACACAGCACCACUGCCCACUGAUUCAACCCCAUCUGUCCACCCGAUCAACCGUGAGUGCAACAGAUCUUUGGUGACCAAACCAACAAACAAAAUCAAGAGCUUGACAUUCUCAUUUCCUAAGCUCCCAAAGAUCAGUCUCAUAAAGAGCAAGAAAGUCAACCAAGGGGAUAUCGCUCCCCUUGAGACCACCAAGGAUCCUGCUGAUGUCAACUAUCGUAUAUUCUGCACUACUCCAACACCAGAGAAUGCACAACGACAAGAGGAAGAUCUGGCUUCCUGCUCCUCACAGAGGAAGGAAAGGCCAAAUAACCCAUUCUUUUUAAUCCGGGUAUACUCUGCCAAGUCUAGGCAUGAAAACAGCUAGCGUCAGUAGAAAUGUCCUUUUGGUUAUUUGGCAACACAACCAGAGGACCAUCUCGCCACCUACUCCACAACGAGGAAGGAGAGGCUCAAGAAGUGUUCAUUUUCACUGCCAUAGCCAAUCAUUUCAACUCAGUCCUACUGACAUUCCACUGGGCAAAAAAUGGUUUAAUCAACAUCGCUUCCACAUCAUUUCAACACCCUAAAAAAUCUACACGAUGAACUGAUAGGAUUUACAACAAGUCAUGAACCAGGGCAUUUCGUCUUUUUUUCACCCAAUUUUUAAUCUGAAUCCAAUGACAUGGUGAUUUUUUUUUAACGUUGAAGUGACGUUAGUUGACAACUCGACCAAAUGUAAAUCAAAACUAGAUGUUGAACUGACAUCUGUGCCCAGUGGGAUUUGCUGUUGUCAGUCUUCUACACGGGUUUUGCAACUACAUCAGAGGACCAUCUUGCCUCCUACUCCCCAACAAGGAAGAAGAGGCCCAAUAAUUGUUACUUUUUUGUCAACCAGUCCUUUCAACUCUUUCAAAACUAAUUUCAAAACUCUUCUUUCACCUAUUAAUCUCAUUCACGAAGCUUCCAAAGAAAUAUCUCAACAAAAAUGUAAGUGGAUCUCACUCCCCUUCCGACCAUCCAGAGGGAGACAUAAAGCAUGCAGUUAGUGUUGUGCUUGAUCAGUAUUGGUUAUAAUCUGGUUUUUUAAACACCACAUCCUCUUGUUCAUAGUGUCUACACCACCACCAGAGGAGGAACUUGCCUCCUGCUCGCCAAUGAGGAAGGAGAUGCCCAUGAAGUGUAUAUUCACUUCCUUCAAUAAUAAACUGCCACUUCAUGCAUUCACGAGUCCUUUAGUGAAAUGUAUAUAUUUUUAAAGUAAAGUAGAGUGGAGAGAUCGACAAAGAAGAUAAUUAAUGGGCAUUCAAAGACAUUCUUUGAGUCUUAAUCCAGCGGUUGAGUUCAAAACGGACUGUAUAGGUCUGGCUGCCAAGUCUGUAAAUCCUGUUCUAAUCUAUUCUCCCCUUUGGACUCAAAUAUUGAUAAAGUCCCUGGCAGUCAGGUUCAUGUUUGACACGAAUGGUCUGACAAUAAUUUUUGCUAUGAGUAAUACACCAUCGCAAACCAUGAGGCAAUCUGACCAUAAAUAAAUAGGCUUUCCAUUA